AUGUGUUUCCAGGGGCCUGUCAGGACGUGCCCGUGCGGCGCCGUAAUACACGGCACUGCCCCCCUCAAUUGCGCAGAGUGCGCAAAAGAGUGCCCCGGCAGCCCUUGCCCCGUCGAGCUCGAGCUCAGUGCCGACUGCACCGAUCAGUGCAUCGUCGUGCCCUGCAACGACGCGCAUCACGACGCAGCCCCCUGCCCCGUAGGUACACCCGUCGAGGCUUGCGAGCCCUGCAGCGCAGAGUGCCCCGACCUUGAUCAAUUCUUCCAAUGCUGCUCAGACUACCAUGGAUACUUGCCAGAUCCAAUGUUUCAGCAGCACGGUCUGAGCCCGCACACCGUGUCGGCUAUGCAGUCGAUGGGCAUGCCGCACUUCUUUCCCGAUUCGGAAGCAGCGCACUCGCCACAGCCCCAGGCGCUGCCGUACAAGUGCCAGUGGGCGGGCUGUCCCGUCUCGUUCACGUCGCUGGGCGAGCUCGUGGGGCAUGUCAACCUGCAGCAUCUGCGCCUGCCGCCAGCGUCGGAGCUGUCCCCGGCCAUCCCUGUAUCCCAGCCUGUUUCCGUCGCCGCAUCAACGCAGCACGCCGGCGCCAACCCGCUGUCGUGCUUGUGGGCCGACUGCCAGAUUUACCCGACACCCCAGUCGGUGCCUGGCCCGUCGUCCGGCAAUGCGGAGGACACUGCGCUCGGGAUCCUUGCCAGCCAUCUGCUCGAAGACCACCUCGGGCUGCACAUGCGCGCGUCGAAGCAGGAGGACGUGUGCGCGGGGACAGAGGCGCUCUCCGCCGAGACUGGUCAAGCGACGUCACACGACUGUUCAGCGCCCUCUGCUCACGACUGUAAAUGGACGGGGUGCGCGCAGACAUUUGCGUCUUGUGACGCGCUCACGGCGCACAUCACUGCUGCGCACGUCGGCUCUGGCCGUGCGCACUACGAUUGCUACUGGGAAGGCUGUGCCCGCCACGGCGACAACGGCUUCUCGAGCAAGCAGAAAAUUCUGCGCCACCUCCAGAGCCACACAGGGCAUCGCCCAUUCCAGUGCAAAAUAUGCAAACAGAAUUUCUCAGAGGCAGCCACCCUCGCGCAGCACAUGCGCCGCCACACACAAGAAAAACCGUAUGUCUGCGAUUUCCCUGGCUGUGGCAAGGCCUUUGCGAUCACAGGCGCGCUCACGAUACACAAGCGCACGCACAACGGCCACAAGCCGUUCAAAUGUUCGUAUUGCGAGAGGGCGUUCGCGGAGUCGUCAAAUCUGUCGAAGCAUUUGCGGACGCACACGGGCGCUCGUCCGUAUUCGUGCACGGAGCCGGGGUGCAACAAGUCGUUCGCGCGGCCUGACCAGCUCACGCGGCACCAGAACGUGCAUCGAAAGAAGCAGCAGCCCGACAGUGCCGUCAUCCUCGGGGAGGCAUAA